GUAUUCUGAUAGCCACUAUCUUGCCUUUCACCGCUGUGGGUUUACGCUUACUUCCCGACGCUCGCUCCCGAGUUGGAGGUCGAGGCACCACUAGGUGUGCCAUAUUCACACAGAUUCGAUGGUCGGUGCCGGUCUAGGCCUUGGGAGACAUUGCCAUAUCUUCGGCAGUACUUCGACACCGUGCGGGCGACGGAGAUCACCUGGCAGCCUUGGCUGGCGAUGCCCGGUUAUUCUCGGUUCUAGUUCACCAGGGCAUGGGGCGCCUCCCGGUACAGGGUUUUGCUUGAGGGACCAGUCGGCAGAGCCUGGUUUCUCGGGGAUCGCUUCAUGCGUCAGACGAUGGGCAAUCCCAAUCAGGAUCCCCUCAUGGCCUCCACUGGACAUGCGUUCUACAGAGAGGCUCACUCCCCAGGAGGUUGACGACCUUAUGCGAGGUGCCGACGCAGUUCUUUUCCUGGAGGAGGGGGAGUACGCGACAUACUGUCAUACAUACUUGAGGCCUCCACUGACAGGUGUCCGUACUCCUACAAGGAGGAGUGCUGAUAUGCCGUUGUCGAGUCACGCUCGAGCUACAUACAUCUAUUCCACUAGCAGGGCGAGAACAUCGAGGGGUAGGGCUAAAGGGAUGCCCUCGACUUGCCAGUAUGCUAGGUGGCCAGAUCUUUCGACCGAGCUGACGGGCUGGCAGUAUGGGACAUCUUAUCCGAUUCCACUGGAGCCUCCAUUGCCCAAUCAUCGAUAUGUCAGUGACCCUAACUCACCACCGCCCUCCAGAGAGUAUACUGAGGGGUUGCUCGGAGUGGUGGCCUAACUCGAAAGCAUGGUCCUGCGGAGGGAGACGCUGCUGUACGCCUCUGACACUCUGGUCCCACCUUUGUGGACUGGGCCAUCCAGGCCUUCUCGAUCAGCUGGGAGAGGGGUCUCGACUUGCGGCCGGGGGAGACGUAGAGCACUUGUCAGUCAUGACGAGGAGUCUAGCGAGGAGGAGGAGUCAACACAUCCACAGUUAGAGACAUCUGUAGGCAGGGAUGACGACUCCGGUUCCAGUUCUGAGGGCGGAAGCAACGCCGAGGAGGAUUCCGAGGAUGGUGACUCCGAUUUAGACGGAGGUACCGACGGUGGUGGUGCAGAGGCUGCUCGGUCGAAGAGGGCGAAGAGGGCCUCUCGAUCUUGAGCUUGAUAGCAUUAAUGCAGAUGUUCCUGCUUUAUUUUUCUUUUUACAUGUAGUUGUAGCACAUUGUACA